CUUUCCUCAGGAGACAUACAACCAUCAGUAUUGGACAUGAACUACAAAUCACCCCACUUUCUAGCUUCAUCUAAGACUUCAUUUUUCUCGUUCAAAGUUAAAGUUUUAUCUAGUAGUAGCAUUACAUCACUCCAAGAGAGGUUGAAGCUUUGUCCUAACCCUUGGAGAACAUCUAUAUACCUAUCUGGGUCAUCAGAAAAUUUUCCUAAAUCACCCUUAAUUUGUUUUAAAUGUGCCAGAGAAAAUAGAAUACUGGAGCAUUGCCCCUUUCACUAUCUGCAGUCUUGACUAAGGGAAACAAAGCAGGAUACAGUUGCUUUCUGGAGGUCCCAACAGGAACACAAGAAGCUCUUGAAACACUCCUUGGGGUUUUCUAAGGGCAUGGAGGAAAGUGCAGGAGAAGUAGAUGGUGGAUUUGAACUAUGUAGUGACAGCAUCUCUCUCAGGGAUCCCUUGUCAUUUGGGGAAGUGACUACAGCCAGGGGAUCUAUCUGAAAGGUUUGUCUCUGAAAAAAAGGAAAGCUUGCACAGAGGGCACUUCAGAUCACUUCCCUUCUUGUUUACAAAAAAGAUCUAACUGAAAAAUGGUGGCCAUUUUUCACCAUUGGAGAACUGAUACUGAGGCCAGGCCUGGGUGCAGAAGAAAAACAUACAUUCUCUUCCAAGGGUCUGGGGAUUAAGUAUGUCGCAAUGUUUCAGAAUAUAGCCCAGUGAGGUGUUCCAGCAGCACAGUACAAAAAAUCAAGUAGCCAGGAGCUAUAGUCAUUCCUACCUGAUGAAAGUUCUCUUGGCAAAAGAACAUGUUACAGGGUGUUCUCCUAGAGCAGUGGUUCUCAACCUUCCUAAUGCCAUGACCCUUUGAUAUAGUUCCUCAUGUUGUGGUGACCCCCAACCAUAAAAUUAUUUUCGUUGCUACUUCAUAACUGUAAUUUUGCUACUGUUAUGAAUCUGAUAUGCAGGAUGUAUUUUCAUUGUUACAAAGGGGUUGCGACCCACAGGUUGAGAACCGCUGUCUUAGAGAUCGUUACCCAUCUGAGGGAACCAGCACUUUAAUCAAUCCUACCCUCUGUUUUCCCAGGUCAUCAAAAUGUCCUCUGAUCAACUCAAGCCAAACAAAAGGAAGCAUCCUUCCAAUGCUUGGGGAAGAAUCCCUGAGGAGAGUGGCCUCCCCAGCCCCCUGCCUUGUCUGGAUUUAACCACAAUUACCAAUGUAGAGCUUUGUACCCCUGGGCUCUCCUGUGCUUAUUACUGCAGCAGCACAGCCUGAGAAAUCAGGUAUCUGGGAGCCUGGUCCCACCUAAUGCAAAUGCAAGCUCUGUCCCUCCUGCCAUGGAGUAUAUACCUGUCAAUCAAAGUGGUGAUGAGCCCCGCCCUGGAGAAAACGGCUGCACAGUUGCACAUGUGGCGCCCCUCUGCCUACUCCCUUUCUUAUAUCAAGAGGGGAAAAACACGGAACUACCUCUACCCAAUCUGGUCACCAUACGCCUAUUACCUUUACUGUUACAAAUACCGGAUCACCCUCCGGGAGAAGAUGCUGCCUUGUUGUUAUAAGAGCAUCACUUAUAAGGAACAGGAGGACUUGACCCUCCGGCCCCGUUACUGCCUCCAGUGCUCCGAGUCCCUAGCAGGCCUCCAGGUGGGCAGAAGCACCGAACAGGGUAAUCACAACCAGCUUCAAGAACUGUAUUCGGCUGGGAACCUGACGGUGCUAGCUACUGACCCCCUGUUCCACCAGACCCCAAUACAGUUAGACUUCCACUUCCGCCUCACCCCCCAGACCUCUGCCCACUGGCACGGCCUUCUCUGUGACCACCAACUCUUCCUGGACAUCCCGUAUCGGGCCUUGGAUCAAGGCAACCGGGAAAGUUUGACCGCAACACUGGAGUAUGUGGAGGAGAAGACCAACGUGGACUCCGUGUUUGUAAACUUCCAAAAUGAUCGGAAUGAUAGAGGUGCCCUGCUGAGGGCCUUCAGCUACAUGGGCUUUGAGGUGGUCAGACCAGAUCACCCUGCCCUCCCUCCCUGGGACAAUGUCAUCUUUAUGAUGUACCCCCUUGAAAGGGACCCUGGCCACCUGCCCAGUGAGCCUCCCUGAACAUGCUUACUCCAACUCUGAGGGGCUGGAAGCCCUGACACACGGGAACCAGGGGCCUGGGAUGUGAUUCGGGACACCUUCCUCCAUCCUAGGAAUAAAGGGUAGUGCAAUCA